CUGCUAUAGAUCUAUAUCAUUUCUUAAGAAAACACACACUAGUCCCUGUGGAAUAUUGAUUUUCAUCGUUUAACAACUUAAGUAUUUACUACCAACUUGCGCAGUACUAAUACAGAGAACGUGGAGUGGAAGUUCAUACACGGAAUUUUUGCAUAAUUAAAACGUUCUUCACAUCAUGGCAUCAACAACCGUUAUGAUUGCUCAGCCGGUGUCCGGGAGACAAAUGCUGAUAGGGUCCGUGCAGGGGCACAGGGACUGGGAUUCCGGUCUUCUGUCUUGUUGCACCGACUGCAAGUCGCUAAUAAUGACUUAUUGCUGUCUGCCAUGUGCCCUGUGUAAUAUAGCAGCUCGUGUUGGUGAAUGUAGUUGUAUGCCAUGGUUCGUACCGGGUGCUCUGGUUGCCCUGAGGACCCGAAUCCGAACCCUAGGCGGAAUACAGGGCUCAAUCUGUGGUGACUGUGUGGCAAUGUCAUUCUGUGGACUUUGUGCUAUUUGCCAGAUGCAGAGAGAACUGGACGCCAUGGGUCUCUAAAAGUUUUAGCUGAAAGAGUGCGCGCGCACAGUGUGUCAGAAGAAUGCGCGCGCAUAGUUCCAACUGUGUUUUUAGAACAUAUGCAGAAUUACAAUUGUAUUUUUCAAUUAUAAUUGAUGCCUUUGGUACGCUGACCGAAAACUGCGGCUUUUCACAUAAUUUUUAGAAGGCUUGUACCGCACACCACCAUUUCUUACAAAAAUGAGAAAAUAACAUAUUUUUUUUAUUUAAAUAUUUUCUUCAAGUGCCUUUAACUGAUAACGUUUAUAUUUCUGGUUAUGUUUGGGAAACACCAAUGUUUCCACUACGAACAAUAUAGGGAAAGCUAGAAUCACACUGCCUGGAAGGCCUUGCGGAUGAGUUCCGGAUAGCAUCCGUAAAGCAUCGGUAGAACUCAGGGUAAAAUAACUCAUUCGUAAAUCAUCUGGUAUAUCCGCUCAGAAAUCGGGGACAUCCGGAGGCAAGGGUGCAAAGUUUUGAACAUGCUCAACAUUUUGCCACGGAUAAUAUAUCCGUAAGAAAUCCGUAAUUAAUCCGUAACAGUUCUGAAAACAUCGUAACAUAUCUUAAAAGGUCGUAACAAUCUGGAAGACAAUCACUGUGGUCAAAAUGUACGAGAUUUUACAGUUUUAUUCCGUUUUCUAAUAAGAUUAAUUUAGGUUCUGUUACGACACUGCAUUAGACAAAACCUAUUUUUUUCUUACAUGUGCAUCCUAAGCAAUCCGGGGAUGGGAAUCCGGAACUCAUCCGCAAGCCUAUCCAGGGCAGGGUGAUUAUAGCUGAAAGAAAAAUGAUUUGAAGAAUAAGUUAUUUAAAAAAAAAUACAUUUCUUUCAUCAACCUUUCUGUGAUAAGUCAUUGUAUAAUAAUUCAUGCACUUUAAAGCCAUAUUUUUCGUAUUCAUAUAGUUAUAACUGAUAUACAAUGUAUGUUAUUUUAAGUAUCACGAAUGCUUUACUGUGAAUGAGUUAAUUUUAAAGUGUGACGCUACUAAAACCUUUUAUUUGUACAUGUUUCAAACAUAAGAGGGACAUAUAUCUGAGAACUUCAAUUUUAAGAAUAUCAAUUAUAUCUCGUUGCUGGUAUGGAAAUAUAGAAUAGGCUAAUUACAAUUUUGUUAAACCUUUACCAUGAACAAAAAAUUAUUUGGUUUCACAUACACAUGUAAGAUCAAAACGUCUUCCACUGGCCAGCACUAGAUUUUAAAUUUUCAAGAGUGGGAACGUUUUUUAAACUUUAUAUACCUAUUACCCUUCUUAAACAUACUGAGCCUAUUUUUCAUGUUACUUUAGAUGUUCAGUGUUUUACAUAUGGGAUUUUUACAUUUACUUUUUUACUUCUUUUUGUAUGCCUUUUUUAUAACUUCUGAAGAUGUAUAAUUUGUCGUUUUGUAUGUUAAGCUGCUUUUAAGUUAUGAAUAAAGUCUCUUUUCCUAA